AUGGCCAACAAUUUUGAGGAAGAUGAUAAAAGUGAUAUUGAUGAUAUAAAUUUGGAUGAGCCCGACGAAGAGCCACCACUGUCAAAGGAUAAAGAUGUGAAAAAGAAGCUACGCCUAAAUCUGCCCCAAGAAGAGCCAGAGCGCGCGUCAUCGAUUCAUAUAGUAAGAACUCCAUUUCAAAAGACUCUCUAUUACAUAAAAGUGAUAUUUCUCUGCGGUAUUUGGCUUGUGAUGGCUGUGCUAUUGCCAACAAUGCCACUCGAGAAAAUGGAGGGCUUCCUCACGACAAUCUUUCCAAACGAGACAAAGACCAUCAUUAUCAAUCCGAAGCGUAUUUCACGUAGUGCACUCGGUCUGAGAGCUUAUGGUCCCUUCCUGGUCAGCGUACACGCCUCCAAGACAGAUGCGGGCGUAAAUAAACACAUGACAGCUUAUUUGGAGAAAGCCAUUUUCGAUGCGAGUGGAAAAAAUAUAACAAACGUAAUGCUGGUAUCGAAUGUACAAUACUUUAUGCUCACUAACAUCGAGCAGAUGGAUUAUGUGAAACCAGUGAAGGUGUAUGGCCACUUUAGUAUGACGAACUAUACGGCGGAGGCAAGCGAGAAAGUCCAACUGCAGUUACGUAUGAACACAAAUAUCGAUAGAGAACUAACGAUGAAAUAUUUCUUUGAACGUUCCCUGGAUGCGCACACUGGCAUCAUACUCGGCGGCUUGGUGCUGGCCUUCCUGUACAUAUCGAUAGUGUGGGAGCUGAUCAAUCGCACCUUUGUCUCGAUUAUAGCAGCCACUUUGGCUAUUGCGGUGCUGGGCUUUAUGCGCUCAUGGCCGAAUGUUAGUAAGAUCAUUAAAUGGAUGGAUACAGAAACGCUUUUGCUACUCUUCGGCAUGAUGGUACUAGUGGGCGUGCUUGCCGAGUCAGGCAUAUUCGAUUACUUCGCCGUGCAAGCAUACCGAAUAUCCAGGGGACACAUCUGGCCCAUGGUAAACAUAUUGUGCUUCUUUACCGCCACGAUCUCCGCCUUCGUGGAUAGUGUUACGAUGAUGUUGCUCAUUGCACCGAUCAUCAUAAAGCUGUGCGAAGUCAUGCAAGCCGAUCCGGUAUUGGUAUUGAUGUUUCUGGUGAUAUAUGCUAAUGUGGGCGCCGCCUCGACACCCGUCGGCGAUCCACCGAAUAUCAUAAUCACCACGAAUUCAUUUAUAUCUGCACACGAUGUCAACUUCGGAAAUUUCAUGUUGCACACGUUGCCUUGCGUGUUAUUGGCUUUGCUACAAACAUACAUACAGAUACGACUUACAUUUCGGAAAUUGGGCGUCGUGCCAUAUAAGGCAACAGCCGAAAGCGAGUUGCGACAGGGUGUCCACGCAUGGGAGCGCGCCGCCGCCGCCAUACAACCCUACUCACCGGAUACCAAGCAGCUAAAAAAGGUACUCAAACAGAAGGCACAACGAGUGAAAGAGCACAUUAGAAAACUAGGUACACGCAGAACGACAACAGCAAACUAUGAGGAAACAUUAGCCGAGCUGCGCGCAUCCCACGGCAUACGCAACAAAACGCUACUCAUCAAAUCCGUCAUUGCUUUUGCAUUUGUUAUGACUUUAUUCUUUAUGCACUCCGUACACGGACUGCAUCAGUUAUCGCUCGGCGAAUGCGCACUGCUUGGCGCAAUCAUGCUACUCAUACUGGCCGAUGUGCGUGACAUGGAAGCGGUGCUGGGUCGUGUCGAGUGGUCGACACUCAUAUUCUUUGGUGCGCUGUUCGUAUUAAUGGAAGCUUUAUCCGAAAUCGGCAUCAUUGCUGUGCUGGGUCAAAUGGUCGAGCAUGUGGUGCGAUCUGUGAGUGAAGAGCAACGUCUACUCGUUGCUAUACAACUGCUGUUGUGGGUAUCGGCAAUAGCUUCGGCGUUUCUCGACAACAUUCCCGUAACGACGAUGAUGAUUCGCAUUGUGAUCUCUUUGUCACAGAAUAAGGAACUUCAUUUGCCGUUACAUCCGAUGGUGUGGACGUUGGCGUUGGGUGCCUGCUUCGGCGGUAACGGCACAUUAAUUGGCGGUUCUGCGAAUGUGGUGACUGCCGGUGUGGCCGAACAGCAUGGUUACUCGUUCACUUUCAAACGAUUUUUCUGCGUCGGAUUUCCACUGAUGAUCGGUAAUGUGAUCAUCACGUCGAUGUAUCUUUACGUUUGUCACGUGUGUUUUGAAUGGCACGAUCCGCCAUUGGAUUGA